AUCGAUCUGCAAUACAAUCGCUUUCUUGGGCCUUUUCCUUACGUUCCUGACCGAAUCGGGCAUCAAUCCAAACGAAAAGAUGCUUCUCAAGUUGCGAAAAUUAACGAGGGAUAAUAGCGUCAGGUGGCUCCUACAAAAUGGAGCGCUCUUCUUCUCCACAAAGCAAGCGAGCAUGGCCCCGAAGAGCCCUCACAGUCACAAAGUCCAGGCUCUCUACGACCUCUGCCGAAAGACGUUUCCCCCCUCGGGGACACCGCCUCUCUCUUCUCACUCCGUCCAGAAGCUCUGUUCCCUUUUGGAUACAAUUGGCCCUGCUGAUGUUGGACUUUCUGCGAAUGCUUUGGAGGACGAUCGUGGGCAUGGUUUCUUUGGACUUAAUCAAUUAGGCAGAGUCCCUCGCUGGGCUCAACCAAUAACAUAUGUGGAUAUACAUGAAUGUGAGAGUUUUACGAUUUGUGUAUUCUGUUUUCCUACUUCUGCAGUCAUACCUCUUCAUGACCAUCCAGCCAUGACUGUUUUCAGCAAAGUUCUCUACGGCUCUUUGCAUGUUAAAGCAUAUGACUGGGUUGAGCCUGCCCGUAUCCUUAAUAAAAGGGGACCAGUGAGAUUGGCUAAGCUAGCUGUCGAUAAUGUCCUAACAGCGCCAUGCACUACGUCAGUUUUGUACCCAAAAACCGGUGGCAAUCUGCAUUGUUUUACUGCAAUCACGCCUUGUGCAGUGCUGGACAUUCUUUCUCCUCCUUACAGUGAAGAUGCUGACCGAAGAUGUACUUACUACUGCGACUAUCCCUAUUUCACCUUCGCAAACGAAGAUGGGAAGAGUGAUGAGGAGGAAAAUUACGCAUGGCUUGCUGAGACUGGUACACCAGAUGAUCUCUACAUGCGGCCCGGCAAAUAUAACGGCCCUGCCAUUCAGGUUUAGCUUUAUUUAAAAAUACUUGUGAAGGAGGCACCUCUAAACAGGUUUCGGAUGCGGAAAAAGUUUCAUCCUAUCAUCUAGUGGGUGUGGGAGGGUGUUCAGAGCAGAAUGUUGAUCCAAGUCGCUUAUCUCCGGCUCGUGCCCUUGUGCGUCAACCAAUCAUGAGCCAUGGCGAGCAUGCGCAAUGUUGUGUACCUCGUACUGUAUGAGAUAAUUAUACAGCUCAUGAGCAGGUUGAUAAUUUGACUGGAUGACCAACUUUUGCAUCCUCAAA